ACAAAUUUCGCCAGGCCCUUUCCCCGGUCACAAAAUUAUAUUGUUAAUUCAAUCCAUCGAGGUUAAAAAGACCUCAAAGCUCCACAGGACUUCCAUUUUGAGAACAUUUUUCUUUGUGGCUGUUUUCACAGGGCAAGGGAAAACAUGAAGCAUCUGAGGGUGUUGUUGUUCUUGGCUCUUGUUCUGGUUCAAGAACGAGGGUCGCAUUUCGUUGUGAAGGCGGAAGAUCAAGGUGGGUUCAUGAAGACUGAGGGAGUGCACUUCAUGUUAAACGGGAGCCCCUUUUAUGCGAAUGGGUUCAAUGCCUACUGGUUGAUGAUCUUGGCGUCAGACCCAUCUCAGAGAGCCAAGGUCACCUCUGCUUUCCAGGAAGCUUCGAGCCAUGGCCUCUCCAUUGCCAGGACUUGGGCGUUCAGUGAUGGUGGGUACAUGCCCCUUCAGUCCUCUCCUGGUUCCUACAAUGAGCAGAUGUUCCAGGGAUUGGAUUUUGUGAUAUCAGAGGCUAAAAAGUUUGGGAUCAAGCUGGUGCUGAGUCUGGUGGAUAACUAUGAGGCAUUGGGAGGAAAGAAACGGUAUGUGGAGUGGGCAAGAGGCCAGGGACAGUCCAUAGCAUCCGAUGAUGACUUCUUCACCAAUCCUGUGGUGAAGGGUUAUUACAAAAAUCACAUCAAGACCGUUCUUACAAGAAGGAACAGCGUAACUGGGAUUGCUUAUAAGGAUGACCCGGCAAUAAUGGCUUGGGAGCUGAUGAAUGAAGUCAGAUGCCCUUCAGAUCCAUCAGGAAGGACCAUCCAGGCAUGGAUCACGGAGAUGGCUUCUUAUGUGAAAUCAAUCGAUGGGAACCAUUUACUGGAGGCCGGCCUAGAAGGGUUCUAUGCACAAUCCGCUGCUCAAAAGCAGCAAAACAACCCCGAUUUCCUCGUCGGAACUGACUUCAUCGAAAAUAAUCAGAUUCCUGGUAUUGACUUUGCAACGGUUCACUCAUAUCCUGAUCAAUGGUUGUCUGACCUGAGUGAAGGAAACCAAAUCUCCUUCCUCAGCAACUGGGUGAACACUCACAUUCAGGAUGCGCAGAACGUUCUCCGCAAGCCGCUCCUAUUCGCGGAGUUCGGGAUCUCAUCGAAAGACUCGGGCUACAACCAGAAUGAGAGGGACCAUUUUUUCGACACAGUCUAUUCGGCAAUCUAUUCCUCAGCUCGCGGAGGUGGGGCGGCAGCAGGCAGCAUGUUCUGGCAGCUUUUGACCGUAGGGAUGGACUCUUACCGAGACGGUUAUGAGAUCGUGUUGAGCGAGAGCCCGUCGACCGCGAGUGCAAUUGCUCAGCAGUCCCAGAAGCUCAACAGGAUAAGGAAGAUGUACGCGAGGCUGAAGAAUGUAGAGGAGUGGAAGAAGGCGAAUGACAGAAGGAGGAGCGAUGGCGGAAACACAGGAAACUGAAGAGUGGAAUUCCAAGAUCAAGUAAAGAAUACACAUGUAGGAAGGUCGAUAUAGGAUCGGGAUCGGGACAUUUGCUGUUUUGCAAACUCUUUCUGCUCGUCCAAGAUGGAAGCAGAGCAAAAUCUAACUGCGAGCCUAAUGUUUCGCGCUGUUGGGGGCUCAUUACACCAUCACCGGGAUGUUACCUCACUUGCAAUUCGAAGUUCGAAAGUUGAAUGUUUGUAUGAAAGUCAUGAGUGGAUUCAGUUUUUCCUUGA